UCAAGGAAAUGAAAGAUGGUCACCUGACACCACACACGAGGGAAACAAAAGAGCAAAAGGCACCUGAUGGCAGCAAUAGACGAUGGAGAGGAAGCACACCGUGGAACGCAAUACCGUGGGAAGACGACCCUUCCAUGGCCACUGUGAUUGGUGCGGAAAGCAAGGCCAUCGCUGGAGAGAGUGUCGAGCAAGGCUGCAGCUCGCCGGGCAGGGACACACACCUGCGACAGGAGCAAACACAAUCAGAUUGGAGCCCAAUGCUGCGGCAGCUCCUGCCCUUCCACCGCCAGCGUACCCGCAGUUGGGAAACGGAUAGGUCCUCCGCAGCAGGGCGGGCGAGAGGACACGAUGCGAAUGGAUGGCGCCCUACACACAUCACACCACAAUGAUUGUUUGGUGAAGGUAAGACAAACAGGCAGUGGUCGAACACCUACCGAGAGAGUGGUGCAUCGACAUGAUGUGCUCAUGCAUGAGCCUGAGAUGAUGUUCUCCACGCCAGGAGCGUUGACUGGCCCCUACGCUGACCGCAAGCGAGCACUCGAGAGGGAAGAGGUACCCACUGUUGGCUGUGGCCGGCAGCUGGAAGAGGUUUCGCAGAGAGAGAGAGAAGGCAUUGCGUCGAUCCUGCUGGCUCGAAGAAGAGGUCUUGAAGGCCGUGCCGAGUCAGUGGAUGAAGCCCACCGGGGACGGUGGCAUUGCGUCGAUCCAUCCGCUGUGGCGACCAAGAGGUGAAGGCGGCUUCGGCGGCAGCUUGCCUUGGACGUAAGCCCACCGGUGUCGAUUCGGUUGAGGAGUGCCAACCGAUGGAGUGCAAUGAUGAGUCUGCUUUGUUUGAUCGGGCCGCUGGCAGGCCGGACACCGAUCGAAAAGGGGAAGAACGGCAGGAGGGGACGCCUUCCUGUGGCGAGGUUCUUCAGGCAAUGCAUGUGACGAAACCUAACACACAGAGCGACAGACAGACAAACAAUGGCGGUCAGAAUGAGGCUGGUGGCACUGGCUGGUGUGGUGACGCACCGAUGGCUGAUGCGCGUGUACACCAUGUUGGUGGCGACUCGAACGGAACGCUGCGUUGCUGCGCAGCGGGAGCACAAGGAAGAGACGAGUGUGAUGUCACUCCUGCAAUCAGGUGGCAGAUACACGUACCAAUUAAGGCCAAUGGGGUGGCGUGUGAUGCUCUCAUGGAUACAGGUGCUGACCUUUGUGUAAUGAGCCGGAAGAUGCUCGACAAAUUAAGGGAAGAGGGAGACCGACAGGUCCACUUGCUGACUACUGGAGUCAAGCUGAAUGUGUUGAAUCGUGGUGCAGUAGUGGUGCACGGCCUUGCAGAGGUCGCCAU